AUGUGUUACUGGGGUUACAAGUUUGAGGAUUACGUCACUUGUUCCAGGGAGCCAUCAAAACCGAAGGAAUUUAGCUCGCCCAUAAACAACAUUGAAGCAUUCUGUUCGGUUGUGAGAUCACGGUUGGAUAAACACUCUUUGGUCUUUGGAGCCGAGGUUGACUGUUGUGUCAAAACUAAUUCUAAAGGUGGGAUGCCACCAUCUAAUUAUAUUGAAUUGAAAACAAGCAGGAUUGUUGAGAACGACCGGAUGCAGUGGUCAUUUGAACGAUACAAGCUUUUGAAAUGGUGGGCACAGUCUUUUUUAGCCGGCAUUCCUAAAAUCGUUUGCGGAUUUCGUGAUGACGAUGGCUUUGUUAAGCAGCUCAAGACAUUCAAUACGCUAGACAUUCCAGGAUCGGUUGCGGAAAGUCAGAACAUGUGGGCAGGUAGCGUGUGUUUGAAUUUUUGUAAUCGGAUGUUGGAAUGGGUGAAAGGUGCCGUAAAAGAUGAGAAUGUUGUGUACAUGUUACAUUGGAGAGAACCAUUCACGCACAUAGAACUGGAGUUGUCAAAGAAACAAGAUGACAUCUUUCUACGGGACUGGUAUCUCUCAUGA